CCCACAGCGAGGCAGGCGCAGAGGAGCAGCGGCGGGGACGUAAAACGAAACCACAGAAGCCUGUGUGCGUGAAGGCGGCGCACAAAGAUGAUUAAUUAGUAAAAUAAAGCCGUCGGUAACCGGACGCCGCAGCUGAUCCGGGCUCUGGGCUCAGCGGAGGACACCGGCGCGUGUGGAGGUUGUUUUUAGAGAAGGCCAGUUUUAAUAGGCUGCAGCGCCAGUGAGGCCGCUCUGUGCGCACUGGAAGUCCAGAAUUCAAUUGGUGGAACCAGGAGGGGAGCCCCGGCCUUUUCCACUGCGGGAGGAGCAGAGUUGGAGGAAACCGAGAGGGCGAGAGAGAGAGAGAGGCGCCGCUGCCAAGACAGCAGCAGCAGCAGCAGCAGCAGCAGCCUGCACAGUUUAGAGAGAAAACGGCACUGCCUCCUCUGCUGCACGGCAUGAGGGACUUCACCCAAACUGCGCACUGACUCUGCAGGAUGCACCGCUGCAGCUGCGUAGUUUGUUAAAGACAGACAGACACAAGCCUGUUCCGGACCAGUGCAGGAAUUUGACGGAGGAAUUAAGCCUAACCGGUCGCUGACCACAGCUGCGACAUUUGGAUUCCCCACUGAGCGUUUAUCAUUCCUGCCCUCCGGAGAGCCCUGCGCUGUGGCCUUGUAGCGGACAUGGGAAAUGUAAACAGUAGUCGGGCUGGAUUUUAAACUACGCACACGUCCCACGUCCUCCCCCCGCCCCCUCCUCCUUCUCCUCCCGGGGCGUCCGAGAUGGAGAUGGAGACGAGGGUCGAGCCGGAGCAGGAGGGAGAGGCAGAGCCGGCCAUGCACAGCGUCCACGGAACCAACCGGAUCAGACCGUCCUCCUACCGGGCCCUGCGCAGCGCCGUGUCCAGCCUGGCCCGCCUAGAUGACUUCACCUGCGAAAAGAUCGGCGCGGGGUUCUUCUCCGAGGUGUUCAAGGUGCAGCAUCGUGUGUCAGGCCAGGUGAUGGCCCUGAAGAUGAACAUCCUGGCCAGUAACAGAGCCAACAUGCUCAGGGAGGUCCAGCUCAUGAACAGACUAUCGCACCCUAACAUACUCAGGUUUAUAGGAGUGUGUGUCCAUGAGGGGCAACUUCACGCUCUCACAGAGUACAUCAACGGUGGAAACCUGGAGCAGCUGUUGGGCAGCGACGUGUACCUGUCGUGGAGCGUACGGCUCAGCCUGGCUCUGGACAUCGCCCGGGGACUGCAGUACCUGCACAGCAAGGGCAUCUUCCACAGGGACCUCACCUCCAAGAACUGCCUGGUGCGAUGGGAGGGGAGCGUGUGCUCGGCCGUGGUGGGAGACUUUGGCCUGGCGGAGAAAAUCCCAGAUUACAGUGAGGAAGAAGACCAGGAGCCUCUGGCUGUUGUCGGCUCCCCCUACUGGAUGGCCCCAGAGGUGCUCCGAGGAGAGGUGUAUAAUGAGAAGGUGGAUGUGUUUGCGUAUGGGAUCAUCCUGUGUGAGAUUAUUGCGAGGAUACAGGCCGACCCUGACAUCCUGCCACGCACUGAGGACUUUGGUCUGGAUGUGGAGGCCUUUCAGCAGAUGGUGGGAGACUGUCCUCCAGACUUCCUGGAACUGGCCAUCGCCUGCUGUAAUAUGAAUGCAAAGCUCCGUCCGUCCUUUUCCCAAAUCGUAGCAGAGCUGGAGAGGAGACAGGCUGAGAGGAAACAGAAGGAGGAGGCAGCACUCAAACCCGUUUCUCCAGCUAUUGGCCCUCUGCGACGGCGAUCCCUCUGCCUCCCAUCGGAUCCUCGCCUUUCCCGCAGCAAAUCGGACAUGCUCCACCCCCCAGACACCCCGCCCAGUGCUAUCCUGGCACCUCCCGCUCGGGUCAACCCCUUCUCUCAGAGGGAGGACCUCAAAGGCGGCAAGAUCAAGCUGUUUGACACUCCCAGCAAGUCGGUCAUCUCCUUGACCUUCACCCUGCCCCCUCCACCAGACUGUGACGACCCCUCUGCAUCUGAGACUGACGCCGUCGAUGUGCCCAGGAGGCACAGACGCUGCCACUCGCUGCCUUGCACGCCUCCUCCUCACCUCACGUCUGCGCCGAACACUGUCCUCACCGAAGAGGAGUCACCGUCUGAGAUAAACGGUGAGACAAACGGAGAAAGCGAGGAAGACACACUGUUAGGAGGAGAAAAGGAGAGGCAGGGGAGUGGGACUCACCUGGCAGGUGAUUCAGGUCUUCCACUGUCCCUUGAGCCCUUGUCACUGGACCUCCUGGACCAGGAAGGGGAGGAGGAGCCCAUGGACUGCACCAGCUCUCCGGACACACAGGACAGCACAUCAUCUCCUUACUCCAAACCCUCCUCUCCUCCCUCACACUCCUCCACUCCGCUCCAACCCUCCACCGCUCCCCUUUCUAACGGCUGGGGGUCUGCCAUCUCAAACGGGCCUCCGUGCUUGCCUCCCCUCUCUAAUUUGGACAACAACAAUGUGGUCGUUAGUCGACCGCUGGGAUGGAGCACCCCCACCACCAAUCCUGCCACCACGACCAACAACAACGGUUACCGCUCCCCCACCGGCGACCCUGCCGGCUCAUCCCCGUUCGGCUCCAGUAGCGGUCACUCUCUGGACCAGGAGGAGGUGAUCUCUUGUCCUGGCUGCUGCCUCGCCGGUCUCCGCUUCCCCUCUGUUUGUCUCAGAACUCCACCACGCAGAAACCCCUACAAGAACCUGAACGGGGAGCACGCAGCCUCACGUGGGCUGCUUUGUCCGGGACCCAAGGUCCUGCCGCCCUCCCCUACCCUCACGUCCACCACCACCAGCCUGGAGCCAGGACUCGCCUUGCCGGGGGCGCAGACAUAAACUCUGACUUCUGAACACCAAAUACGCGCAAGCAAAGACACGUGUGGAAACUCUGCACCAAAAUCUCUUCCCUGGAAUUUAAGUGGGUCUUCUUAAAAUUUGCACAGAUUUUAACACAGCAAUACCCUGCGUAUUUUCCAGACACACUCUUUGGUGCAGAGAGGUUCUGAGAGUCCAGAUUGGUUUCCUAAAACACACUCCAGCGCUUAGAAACUGGCUCCAUUUUCUCCAUGAAAGCUGUGGGUCAAGGAGCCGGCGUCUUUUUGUUUUUUUGUUUUUGUUUUUCUGUGUGUCGCCCUCUGCUGGGCUGAGGGAACCACACAACGUGAGAUGUCAGCUGUGCCUGCAUAGAUGUGACUGAUGAUGAUCGGCAGCAUCCAGAACUGAUCAGCAUGUAAACACUCCAGUUUUGGGGCCCAGCCGGUUCGAUCCUGUAUAUUUGCAGAUGUAAAGAUUCUUAUGACUGAUGAUGAUGAUGCUGAUGCUGAAUUGAGGAAUGUUAAGCUUAGUAUUAUUACUGUUGCAAUGGUUUUUUGAUGUUUGGUGCUGUUUCUCAAUGAACAGGCAAUUUUGCUUUAAUGUCUUUAAUUAUCAAGAGGUGUAUAGUGCACUGCUGAGGUCUGUGUCUGUAUCAUGGAGAUGUGUGAGUGUGUGUGAUGGUUCAGUGUGAGCUACUGGAUGUGUGUGUGUGAGAGAGAGAGAGGAAGGGUAAAACAGUGUGUGCUGUACACCAUUCUUAUGACUAUUUUUGUUGCUGUAUGAUCUCUUAUUGGCCCUUCUGGUUGCCUGGUUAAGCACUUCAGCUGUAUUACUGUUGUUAAUAAGGAAGCUAUUGAUAUCAUUAUUACUUUUGGGAAUGAAUGGUCAAAGACCUGCUUAAGAGAUGUACAGAUUCUUAUUAUUUAAAGAUGGCAUUGAAUAAAAAGAUAGAAUGCAGUUAUGUUCUCCUGAUGU